GCUACUCCAAAACAGAAACUCAUCCCUCCCUUCAACAAGAGCAUAAUGGCUGAUACUGCUAGAACCCAUCACGAUGUCACCGGCCGUGACCAGUACCCGAUUUUGGGCCGAGACCGAGACCAGUAUCCGUACGGACGAUCAGAUUACCAGAUGUCUAGCCAAGACUACUCCAAGACUAGGCAGGUUGCUAAAGCUGUUACCGCAGUCACCGCUGGAGGGUCCCUUCUUGUCCUUUCCAGUCUCACCCUUGUCGGAACAGUCAUUGCUUUGACUGUCGCCACUCCUCUGCUUGUUAUCUUUAGCCCAAUCCUUGUCCCGGCUCUCAUCACAGUAGCGCUUCUCAUCACUGGCUUUCUCUCCUCCGGUGGGUUUGGCAUUGCAGCUAUAACCGUCUUCUCUUGGAUCUAUAAGUAUGCAACGGGAGAGCACCCGCAGGGGUCAGAUAAGCUGGACAGUGCAAGGAUGAAGCUGGGAGGCAAAGCUCAGGAUAUUAAAGACAGAGGUCAAUACUAUGGACAGCAGCAUACAGGUGGGUAUGGACAACAGCAUACAGGUGGGGAGCACGACCGUGACCGUACCCGUGGAACCCAUCACACCACUACCACAACAUAAAUCACGUCAUAGCCCCAGUAAACUCGAUGUCAGGAGAGUCCAGUUCAUGAGGAAUAAGGUGUUUAGAAUUUGAUCAGGGUGGGUAAUAAAAGGGGAAGCAGAUAUCAUCAGUUUUUUUUCUUUUUGUUAUAAAUAAUGUGUAAGUUAAGUGUGUUUCUCUUAUCAAAUGGUACCAUGUUUUGUUGUGUUAUUCUCUUUGUGGUAAAUUGUAAACCUUUAUGCUGUACUUUAUUUGCCUUGUUUAAGUGGUAACUUCUAUAUGGAGAAGUCUUUGUUCGUCGAA